AUGAAAGUCUUAUGUGUUGCUGAGAAGAACAAAAUUUCCAAGAGUGUUUCGGCUUCCCUUUCACGAAACAACUUCCAAUCAAGAAAUACAAAAAGUAAAUAUGUCAAGAAUUACAGCUUCAGGUUCAACUUUCCUCAAUGGGAUGACUGCGACGUAGUGAUGACAGCUGUUUCAGGCCAUAUCAUGCAGAAGGAAAUUCCUAGUGAUUAUGGUUGGGGAAAAGUACCUAACGAUUCAUUGUUUAGAUGUCCCAUAGUCACAAGAUAUGGUGAUGAUAACGCCAAAAAGAUCGCCGAAAACAUCUCAGAUCUUGCAAAGAAUUCAGAUAUUUUGAUGAUCUGGACAGAUUGUGAUAGGGAAGGUGAAUAUAUCGGCUGGGAAAUACUGAAAGCCGCUCAAGAAGGGAAUCCUUCUUUCACUCUCGACAAUACAUAUCGUGCAAGGUUUUCCCAUCUCGAAGGUAAGCAUAUCUAUAGUGCUGCAUGUAAUCCUGUUCGAUUGGAUAAGCUGGCAAUAGACGCUGUUGAUACGAGAAUGGAAAUCGAUUUAAGAACAGGGUACUGUUUUACACGACUUUUGACUGACUCUUUUCGAAAUGUGAUAAAGCCUAAUAUUGCUAAUGACGACAAUAGCAAUGGAAACUCCGCAAAAGGUAAGAAGAAAAAUGACAAAAUGAUAAGUUAUGGUAACUGUCAGUUUCCAACUUUAGGUUUCGUUGUCGAUCGAUUUCGGAGGAUAAAGUACUUUAAAGAAGAAGAAUUUUGGGGAAUAGAUCUCAAUUUGAAAAAAGAUCGUAAAAAGUUCCCUUUUAUCUGGGAACGAAAUCGUUUGUACGAUAGAUUACAGAUUGUAUGCAUCUACCAAAACUGCAUAAACGAGCAGAGUGAUCAUGUCGUUGUGAAACAUGUUUCGACAAAUCCAACUUCUCGAUAUGCACCUCUCCCAUUGACCACAGUUGAGCUACAGAAGGAUUGUUCAAGGUAUUUCAAGUUUAGUGCUAAGGACACAUUGCAAGUAGCAGAAAAUCUGUAUACUAAGGGGUUGAUUUCGUAUCCACGUACGGAAACCGAUAGUUUCCCACGCAGUAUGGACUUCAAGCAUUUUAUUUCUAUGCAGACUGCUUCCUCGGAAUGGGGGGAAUAUUCAUCAUCACUUCUGGACGAAUCAAACCAUAAAUUUCGGGUACCAAGGCGUGGUAAGCAUGAUGAUGAGGCACAUCCUCCAAUUCAUCCUGUUGGUUAUGCUGAUAAUCUGACAGGUAAAGAAAAAACCGUUUACGAAUAUGUUGUCAGGCGAUUUCUUGCGUCUUGUUCGUUGGAUGCCACUGGUUCGAUGACCAGCAUUAAAGUACAGUGGUCUACGGAAACUUUUCACAGUACUGGACUAGUUGUUUUGGAGCGUAAUUAUCUAGAUGUUUUCAAGUGGGAUCACUGGGACAGUUCUAAAAAAGGGUUACCCAGUGUGGCAGUUGGUGAACAUAUUCAAAUUUCGGAUGCAACAAUAUCUUCGGGUAAGACUGCACCUCCUCAGCCGUUAACUGAAACUGAGUUGAUCUCGUUGAUGGAUGUGAAUGGAAUUGGGACAGAUGCCACCAUCGCUGAUCAUAUUGACAAAAUCUUAACAAGGGAAUAUAUUAUAAAGCAGAAAUUAGGGUCAGGAAAAUCGUCGAAAGAAGUUUUUCAUCCAACUAUCUUAGGUUACGGGCUUGCAGAUGGAUUUGGCAAGUUGGGUUUCAACAAUAUAUCUUUAACGAAGCCUUUCAUGAGGAAGGAUAUGGAGAAUGAUCUUGCUGACAUCUGCCAGGGAUCAAAACCAAAAGAUCGGGUCUUGAAAGAAACUCUUGAAGUUUAUCGAGAUGCAUACACUAUCACCGAUGAAAAAGUGUCAACCUUAGUAAAUGCAUACAAAUCGGCAUUAAACCACUCACGUUCAUAG